AUGGCACCCCCGCGUCAGCGAACUGCCGCCAUCGUGGACGACUCGAGGUCCGAAGCCUCAAGCGGCGCGCGAGAAAUCAAAACCAGUGCGCCCAAGAGCCGAAAAGCUGGUGCUGCAGCCAAAGAAAAGGCCUCAGUGACCAGCGCACCCAGCGCCACCGACAAACAAGCCCAUGAGCAGCCUCGAGUUCCCUGGUCCGAUCUUUCCCUUGAGAUCCUUCACGCCUACCGUCAUGUCCACAAGCUGCCUACGCCGUCUGCGUUCUCAACCGACUAUUCCCGUCUCAUACUCUCGCAAGGUGUCGGGCUUCGCUCUCCCACCGCGCUCGCCGCUCGCCGGGCUCAAUCCAAUCGCUCAACCGCUCGCGAGCGAAACAAUACCACAGCGCAAGACACAGACACCUCUUCCUCGUCUUCCCUCCACCGAAUCGUCGGACAAGACCGUGUGAGCAAAGAUCAAUUUGCGACGGUUGUUCGCAAACAUUUCAACAGCGCCGGCCUCGGUGAGCAAGAGACCAUUGCACGGUUCCUAUACACUGUGCGUGAAGAGCGGCGUGGUCGCCAAUUCCGUCUGCGAUUCCAACCAUAA